AGUUAAUAGCUCGAAUGCCCCCAACACCACCAUUCUACCCUCCACUAGGCUUUAAACCUUAUAGCAGCCACCUUUGGCCAGCUCAGUACGGUCGGACCUGUCCGUCCCACUGAGCCGUUUCCACACACAACUCAGCCUCGUGGUGUGUGCUAUCGUCUCGGAUAACCGUGAGCUGCGGAGUUUGUCCGACGCUCCCGGUCGGACCACAUCAGCAUGACCGGGCAUCUUAUCGGCGGCGCAGUCGGUAUCGUAUCGGUUAGUGGGGGUCAGUAGGAGCUCAGCCGUGACCGCGGUACCUGCGUGCUCGCCACUCAAAGCUCCGCAACACAGAUCGUCAAGAUCGACAGAACGUGUUGUUGCACAUUGAUCCAGCAUCGAGGUCACCAUGAAGGCGGACAAAUUCACCCUGCUGCGUCACUUUGACGGCUUCCCAAAGUCAAACGACUUUCGUCUGGAGUCUGAGGAGCUGGGCGGUCUGAAGCCGGGCCAGAUCCUUUGCCAGGCCGAGUACUUGAGCGUCGAUCCGUACAUGCGGCCCUACACGAGGCGCUUCACUCCGCCGUUCACCAUGAUCGGCGCUCAGGUGGCCAAGGUGCUGGAGAGCAAGAACGACAAGUACCCGGCCGGCUCCUACGUUGUGGCCGGUAACUUGGGCUGGCGGACGCUGAGCGUGGCCAAGGACCAGCCGGAGGACGGUAAGGCGCCCACCGGCCUCGAACCGCUACCUGAGCUUGGAGACUUGCCGCGCUCCUACGCGCUGGGUGUCAUCGGCAUGCCGGGAGUCACCGCCUACUUCGGCUUCCUGGAGCUGUGCCAGCCCAAGGAGGGCGAGACGGUGGUGGUGACGGGCGCGGCCGGCGCCGUCGGCAGCCUGGUCGGACAGAUCGCCAAGAUCAAGGGUUGCCGCGUGAUCGGCUUCGCGGGUACGGACGACAAGUGUGCCUGGAUCCGCCAGCUCGGAUUCGACGUGGCCAUCAACUACAAGACGUGCGCCGAUAUCGACGCUGCCCUGAAGGAGGCUGCACCCAAGGGGAUCGACUGUUACUUCGACAACGUGGGCGGCAUGCUCAGCCACCGGAUUCGGCAGCAAAUGAACCUGUUCGGCCGGGUCUCCGUGUGUGGCGCCAUCUCCAGCUACAACGACAAGACGGGUCAGGAGGCGCAGGUGCCUGUGCCUGAGAUGGCCAUCGUCAGCAAACAGCUGAGGAUCGAGGGCUUCGUCAUCCACCGGUGGUGGCACCGGCGUGAAGAGGCCUUCAAAGACAUGGUCGCCUGGGUUCGCGAGGGGAAGAUCAAGGUUCAGGAGACGGUUACGACCGGCUUCGAGAAGAUGCCCCAGGCAUUUAUAGGCAUGCUCAAAGGCCAAAACACGGGCAAGGCUAUUGUAAAGGUGUGAAAGGAAGCAUGGAAGGAUGUGAGAGAGGAGAAAAGUCUUGCGAAAGCCUUGAAACGUUUGUAGAAUUGUGGAAACCUCGACACGAUAGAUAAUACUUAGCCGUCUUUGAUAAAUGUGUUCCUGAGAUGUUAAUAUACCAAUCAUCGGUCA